AUGGCCCACGGCCGCACGCUGCCCGCCGCCGCCCCGCCGCGGGACCGGGCCGACCUCCGCGCCCCGAGCCCCGGCGCUCCCCCGGACCCGCUGGGCUACAGCAGCAGCUCCCCCGCCGCAUCGCCCGACUCCUGCGGGCUCGCGUCGCCCGCCGCGGCGCGGGGGCCCUGCCGCGGGCACGCCGCCCCCCGGGCCCGGGGCAGGAAGGGGCUGCGGGGCGGCGGGGCGGCGGGGGUCCCGCGGCAGAGCGCCAGCGAGCGGGAGAAGCUGCGGAUGCGGCGGCUGGCGCAGGCCCUGCUGCGGCUGCGGCACUACCUGCCGCCCGCGCUGGCGCCCGCCGGCCAGACCCUCACCAAGAUCGAGACCCUGCGCCUCGCCACCCGCUACAUCGCCCACCUCUCCGCCCUGCUGGGGCUCGGCCGCGGGCCGCCGGCCCCCCGGCACUGUCCCCUCUGCCCGCGGGGCCUGGGCUGCUGCCGGGACUCGCAGCCCCGCGCCGCUUCGCCGCCCGGC